AUGGGUUCCAACAACAGCAAUUCCGAUUUAUCAUCCCCACCAAGAUCCAGUCCCGAGAUAGAUGACAUACAAAUUCGUUAUGAUUCCAAUAGCAUCACCGUCAACCCAUCGAAUGGCGCCGCUUCAACUUCAGAAAAGCCAACCCGAAAGAAGGCGGUUAGAAAAUCCAGACCAAAGGCCGGUGAUGCUAGUUCGGCCACCAAUACCGACGCUCCAAAACCUAAAAGGGUACGCAAACCAAGAGACCCUAAUGCUCCUCCUUCUGCACGAUCACGAAAGCCAAAGGCUACACCUUCCGAAAAUACCAAUGGGGGAGAAUCAUCACGACAAACAAAGAUUACUGAUGCUCCUGGCAUGCAUUUGAGCGAUGUUAGCUUCAGUGCUCCUGCAACCCCACCAGUACAGAACGCUAUGAUUGCCAAUUCGGGUCAAAGUGAGGUUAUUCCCAAAUCUUUCUUCAAUUCCGCCCCACCUCAACCAAAACCUCAAGUUCCUCCGCCGCAACAAGCACCGCAACAAAUCAGUCAACCUCAGUCACAUGUGGCAAUACCACAACCACAACCACAAAGUGCUGUCCGUACUAGCGGUCAAAAUUAUGAUCCUAUCAGAUCUAAUUAUGAUCCUGUUCGAGAAACUCUCGUCAGUCACCACUCGUACAAUAAUUCUCAAGGAUCACCAAUUCCACCUCAAGUCACCAAUCGCGCCAGUGCAUCCCCUUCCAUCGCCAGUCUUGUCGACCCUCCCAAUCAGCCAUUGACCUCGCCAUCGGCUCAUUCAUUUUUAAUGCAUCAACAACGUCAACAAGACGGACAUACUUCCUUACCUGCCUCCCCAAUUGUUAACAGGUUAGGAUUAUCAUCAAUGUCUGAGACAAAUAGUCCUCGGCCCUUUGCACCCACCCCAACAUUAACAUCACAACCAAUGCCCGCCCCAACACCACCUACUGCUCCAAUCGUUUUAGCGCAAAAGGAACCUCAAGUUUCUAACGGUAAUUUGAAUAAGAAAAUCGCAACCAACGGAGUUUCAGGAACAUCCACACCGAAGCCACCGGCAAAGGGCAAGGAGAAGGAGAAAGAAAAAGAUAUUCUUCUUACCCCACCGCCACUUCCUGGUUCGGGCCUGAUGGGACUCGGAGGUAAUGAUGGUACGGAGACGCGUGCCCCUACAAUUGUUCUUGACAUCCCCUUGAAUGGUGAUGUAAACAUAUAUGUCAAUUUUGCUCGCACGGCCGAGGAGAAAUAUGGUUGGGAUGCCUUACACCCCCGAUUGGCAGCUCAACGUGAUCGGCUCGCAAGGGUUGCAGCAGCAGGUGCAGCCUUGGAGAGAAAUGGCUCCAACAAGGAGAGUGGUGAUGAAAUGUCACUGGAUUCUGAAGGAGAGGGUAGUAAUGUUGAGAUGGGCGGAAUGAGUGAUGGGCGAGUAGGUACUGAUAGCGGUACAAGAAAGACUAAAGCUGCUCCUAAGAGAAAAACUAAGGAGGAUGAAUACGACAAGGACGAUGGUUUUGUUGAUGAUUCGGAGAUGAUUUGGGAGGAACAAGCUGCCGCUGUAAACGAUGGCUUCUUCGUAUAUUCUGGUCCUCUCGUUCGAGAGGGUGAGAAACCAACACUCGAGAGGGGUGAGGGUCCAGCAAAGAAGCCUCGAGUUCGGAAACCAAAAGCCGCCACUGGCGAGAAAGCCACCACAAGCCGUGUUAGUACGGGUGGUAAAGCUGCUGCUACAUCAAGCGGAGCCGGUUCUCGUGGUGGAAACACAGCAGCACGUAAAGCUCGUAUCACGAAAGCUGAUCGUGCACGCAUGGAGCAAGAGAAACUUGAGCGAGAGCAGAUGGGUUCCAUGGCUGGUAUGCCCGGAGGAUACAAUACCAUACAACUUGCACCGAGUUUGGGUGGAACACCCAUGGUUUUUAAUCAGUAA